AUGCAGAUCUCCCUCAUGCUCGCCAUUGGCGCGGGCAAGGCCGCCAUGGCCUCCCAGAUGUUCCAGAACGGUACUGCCGCUACCGCUUCUGCCAUGUCCAUGCCUGAGAUUAUCGGCGAAUUCAGCCUUGUCGGCUGCGCCGGUGACAAGGCCGACUUUGCCAACUUUGAGAUGGUUGCCCAGUCCAAGUACAUGUCCCUGAACCUCUGCGCUGCUAGCUGCCCGUCCAAGUACUUUGCUACUCACAACGACGAAUGCCACUGCGGUGACGACCCCGCCGAUGACAUUACCAACAGCACUCCCGAGAGCUGUGGCAUUCCCUGCCCUGGUAACGGCAGGGAGGCUUGCGGUGGUGCCGCCUCCGCCCUCUCUCGCCGUGGUGCUGGCGGCAAGCUCUGCACCGUCUAUGCCCGCCACGCCAAGCCCGAGGCCGAGACCAAGAUUGAGUACCACGUUCACACCAUCACCGCCUGCCCCCCUACCGUCACCGACUGCCCUGCCACUCCCCACGUCACCACCGAGGCCAAGACCGUCACCACCGAGGUCUGCCCCGCUCCCGAGUGGCACAAGAAGAAGAUUGUCUGCUAUGGCCCCAACUGCGCGCCCGACUACCCCUGCAAGGGCGAGGACUGCAAGAAGGAGCGUGUCGUCUGCACAGGCGAAGAGUGCCACACCGAGAACUGCCCGUCCGGCGAGGACAGCAGCAAGCUGGUUAUCUGCAAGGGCGGUGAGGACUGCCACUACGCCAACGGCUGCCAUAGCAAUGAUUGCCGCAAGAAGAUUGUCUGCUACGAUGGCAAGUGCGUGAUUGAGAAGUGCGUUGGUGAUGAGUGCUCCAAGAACCUCGUCUGCAACGGUGACGAGUGCCGCUACGUCAAGUGCGAGGGCUCCUCGUGCCAGCAGAAGGUUGUCUGCCAGGGCGGCAAGGACUGCACUAUUGUUGCUCCCUGCAAGGGCGAGACUUGCCCCAAGCCCAACGGUGGUAACGGUGGCAACGGCGGCAACGGUGGUAAUGGCGGAAACGGUGGCAACGGUGGCAACGGCGGCAAUGGUGGUAACGGUGGUAACGGUGGCAACGGCGGCAAUGGUGGCAACGGCGGCAACGGCGGCAACGGUGGCAACGGCAAGUACACCGGCGGCAACGGAGGCAACGGAGGUAACGGCGGCAACGGUGGCAACGGCGACAAUGGCAAGAACACCGGCGGCAACGGUGGCAACGGUGGCAACGGAGGUAACGGAGGUAAUGGCGGCAACGGUGACAACGGCAAGAACACCGGCGGCAACGGAGGCAACGGAGGCAACGGCGGCAACGGUGGCAACGGCGACAAUGGCAAGAACACCGGUGGCAACGGAGGCAACGGAGGCAACGGAGGCAAUGGUGGCAACGGCGGCAACGGCGAUAACGGCAAGAACAACGGUGGUGACAACGGCAAGAACACCGGCGGCAAUGGUGGCAAUGGUGGUAACGGUGGUAACGGUGGUAACGGCGGCAAUGGAAACAACGGCAGCAAUGGCAGCAACGGCAGCAACGGCAACAAUGGCAGCAACGGAAACAAUGGCGGCAAUGGCAAGAACACCAACUGCUACGGCGCUGACUGCAAGCCCGCUCCUGCCGGCACUAUCAGCGGCACCGGUGCCCCUCGUCCUACCCUUCCCCCCAUGGUUGGCGGUGCUGAGCGCGCCGGCGUCACCUUUGUCGGUGCCCUUGCCGGUCUUGCUCUCCUUCUGUAA